CAUCUCACACACGCGGUUAGGCGGUGACGCUCAACGAACGCCGCCGCCAUUUUAAUAUUUCAUAUUCGAAUUUUUCUUUCAUACGUCCUCUGUGUAAGUGCCUAAAAAAAAACAAUGAAGAUUUCUUUCCUGCUUCUCGCCCUCGCCCUGUGCGCUCGAUCCGAAGAAAACAAAAACGAAGCACCCAACAAGGACAAAAGACAAACUGAGGAACUUGUUUACAGAACAGCUAGAAAACAGGAACAAGUCGCUCCAGUACAAGAAAACCAAGAAGAUGACAAACAAGACAACCGAAAUAUUGCUGAAGAAUAUCGUCCAGGUCAAGUAUUUUCCCUCAACGUUCAAGAACUUCUUGAACUCCAGCCUGAGCGCAAAAAUCCAAUAAAAGGCAAUCAACAGCUUCAACAACUGUACACCAAUUCUCAACAAGAUGCCAGACAGAACGUUCAACAAAAUUAUUACUUAGAACCUCAACUUAGUCGUCAGGUAGCAUUUCAACCAUCCCAUGCAGUUAUUGCAAGACCCCAUUACUCAUCCAAUGGCGGUGAAGCUUCUGUAGGGGCUGCAUUAGCUGUCAGUGAUUCUGGUUCCGGUUCUCAAGAAGCUUUGACUCCAGAACUUUUAGAAUAUUUGGGAUAUAUACCAGGGCAAGAAGAAAUACGAGCGCAAUAUUAUAAACAAACUCAACAAACCCCACAAUUGCAAACCCAAAAUAUCGCCCCUCAGUAUCAACAGGUGGAUAUUCCUUAUGUACCAAAAACCAGCAAGAAGCCGACGAAAUUGCGACCUAAGACGCAACUUGUCCAAGCACAACCAUCGGCAGCACCACAGCAAUACCUAAUUGAGACUACAAAUGUACAAAAUCAUCAUCAACAGGUUCAACAACAAUUAGUUCCAAUAGUUCAAAAUCAAAGAGUUCCGCAGACACUCCGUUAUGUUACAAAUCAACCAGCUCCAACAGCUGUUCAACAACCAAUAUAUGAGAGACCAGAAUCUCAGGGCCUCAAAGUUGUGCCCCCACCAAAAUUACAACAGUUGAAUCCCCAAUACAACUAUAGGAUUCAGUACCAACAAGAGGCAACACCAAAACAAUACAGAAUUGUUGAAACUCCCAAAACUCAAUCACUUAGACAGGAACAACCACGUGUACUAACAAAUGAUAGAUCAUUAGCUUAUCUCAAAAGAUUACCUGACACGGAAAAGCAACGACCUACUGUGUCGGAACAAAAUCUACACGAAAGUUUACUACAAAGACAAUCCCAAGUUUCUGAUCAAUACUAUCUUCGUCCAAUUUAUAGAUCAAAUGAACGCCCUAGAUAUGAAAUAUCACCGGCAGCGUUAAGACCAGCGGAUCAAGCUCGUAGCCUCGAACCAUCAAAAACUCCACUAUCUGCAAUUUAUGUGAGUAAAAAUGUAGCUCCCAAGAAGGUGUUAAGGCCUGCACUCAGAGUUGAACAAGUUUCCAAAUUGGAAGCACCAAGAGAGCAAAAAUAUAGAACGGAACAGCAGCCUAGUCUUGACCAAGGCAAUGGUAAUCAGCACAUCCAAAGCAUUGACGAGCAAAGAGCUCGUUUACCUCCACCUAGAAACAAUAAGGCGUAUACCCAGGAAGAGUUUGCUGCUUUACUUGCCGCUGGAUAUUCUGUUACACCCAUCCCAGUAGGUCAGGCAAAUGUUCAAGUAGCCCAGUCCAGAUCUUCUGCUGAGCCCGUAUUAAUCCAACCACGUAGACCUAUAUACAGACGUCAAUAUCUGCCUUUUAGAGGUGAUGAUGCUCCAUGAACAUUCUGCUUUGGUGAUUAUGUACAUAACUUUAGAUAUAAAUUUAUACAUUUAAAUUGAAGACUACAAAUACUACUACGAAAA